UCGGGGGGAAGGUUCUAGAAAAGCGGCGGCAGCGGCUCUAGCGGCAGUAGCAGCAGCGCCGGGUCCAGAGUGGAGGUGCUCCUAGCGGUGUUGUUUCUCGAGGAGCGGCAGUUCUCACUACAGCGCCAGGACGAGUCCGGUUCGUGUUCGUCCGCGGAGAUCUCUCUCAUCUCGCUCGGCUGCGGGAAAUCGGGCUGAAGCGACUGAGUCCGCGAUGGAGAAAACUUUAGAAACUGUUCCUUUGGAGAGGAAAAAGAGAGAAAAGGAACAAUUCCGUAAACUCUUUAUUGGUGGCUUGAGCUUUGAAACUACAGAAGAAAGUUUGAGGAACUACUACGAGCAAUGGGGAAAACUUACAGACUGUGUGGUAAUGAGGGAUCCUGCAAGCAAAAGAUCAAGAGGAUUUGGUUUUGUAACUUUUUCAUCCAUGGCUGAGGUUGAUGCUGCCAUGGCUGCAAGACCUCAUUCAAUUGAUGGGAGAGUGGUUGAGCCAAAACGUGCUGUUGCAAGAGAGGAAUCUGGAAAGCCAGGGGCUCAUGUAACUGUGAAGAAGCUGUUUGUAGGUGGAAUUAAAGAAGAUACUGAGGAACAUCAUCUUAGAGAUUACUUUGAGGAAUAUGGAAAAAUUGAUACCAUUGAGAUAAUUACCGAUAGGCAGUCUGGAAAGAAAAGAGGCUUUGGGUUUGUUACUUUUGAUGACCAUGAUCCUGUGGAUAAGAUUGUGUUGCAGAAAUACCAUACUAUCAAUGGUCAUAAUGCAGAAGUAAGGAAGGCUUUAUCUAGACAAGAAAUGCAGGAAGUCCAAAGUUCUAGAAGUGGAAGAGGAGGCAACUUUGGUUUUGGAGAUUCUCGCGGUGGUGGUGGAAAUUUUGGACCAGGACCAGGAAGUAACUUCAGAGGAGGAUCUGAUGGAUAUGGAAGUGGUCGUGGAUUUGGGGAUGGCUAUAAUGGGUAUGGAGGAGGACCUGGAGGUGGCAAUUUUGGAGGUAGCCCUGGUUAUGGAGGAGGAAGAGGAGGAUAUGGUGGUGGAGGACCUGGAUAUGGCAACCAGGGUGGGGGCUACGGAGGUGGUUAUGACAACUAUGGAGGAGGAAAUUAUGGAAGUGGAAAUUACAAUGAUUUUGGAAAUUAUAACCAGCAACCUUCUAACUACGGUCCAAUGAAGAGUGGAAACUUUGGUGGUAGCAGAAACAUGGGGGGACCAUAUGGUGGAGGAAACUAUGGUCCAGGAGGCAGUGGAGGAAGUGGGGGUUAUGGAGGGAGAAGCCGAUAUUGAGCUUCUUCCUAUUUACCAUGGGCUUCACUGUAUAAAUAGGAGAGGAUGAGAGCCCAGAGGUAACAGAACAGCUUCAGGUUAUCGAAAUAACAAUGUUAAGGAAACUCUUAUCUCAGUCAUGCAUAAAUAUGCAGUGAUAUGGCAGAAGACACCAGAGCAGAUGCAGAGAGCCAUUUUGUGAAUGGAUUGGAUUAUUUAAUAACAUUACCUUACUGUGGAGGAAGGAUUGUAAAAAAAAAAAAAAAAAAUGCCUUUGAGACAGUUUCUUAGCUUUUUAAUUGUUGUUUCUUUCUAGUGGUCUUUGUAAGAGUGUAGAAGCAUUCCUUCUUUGAUAAUGUUAAAUUUGUAAGUUUCAGGUGACAUGUGAAACCUUUUUUAAGAUUUUUCUCAAAGUUUUGAAAAGCUAUUAGCCAGGAUCAUGGUGUAAUAAGACAUAACGUUUUUCCUUUAAAAAAAAUUUAAGUGCGUGUGUAGAGUUAAGAAGCUGUUGUACAUUUAUGAUUUAAUAAAAUAAUUCUAAAGGAAA